UGCAGGCGCCCCCCGAGGAGCCAUGGAGCUCGGCGGCAAGAAGAAGCUCCACGCCCUGUCCCUGGCGGAGAAGAUACAGGUGCUGGAGCUCCUGGACGAGUCCAAGAUGUCCCAGUCGGAGGUGGCGCGGCGCUUCCAGGUCUCCCAGCCCCAGAUCUCCCGGAUCUGCAAGAACAAAGAGAAGCUGCUGGCCGACUGGUGCAGCGGCACGGCCAACCGGGAGCGCAAGCGCAAGCGCGAGUCCAAGUACAGCGGCAUCGACGAGGCGCUCCUGUGCUGGUACCACAUCGCCCGCGCCAAGGCCUGGGACGUCACGGGCCCCAUGCUGCUGCACAAAGCCAAGGAGCUCGCUGACCUCAUGGGCCAGCGCUUCGUGCCCAGCAUCGGCUGGCUGGUGCGCUGGAAGCGCCGCAACAACGUGGGCUUGGGGGUCCGCCACGUCCCCCCUCCUCCCCGGACUUCCCCGGAGACGCCUCCCCUGGGCGCCGACCCUCACACGCCCAUUACCCUGAAAGACUUUUCCCCGGAGGAUAUUUUCGGCUGUGCCGAGGUGCCCUUGUUGUACCGGGCGGUCCCGGGUGGGAUGGCCCCGGGCGGUCGGUUCCAGGUGUUACUGUGUGCCAACAGCGGAGGGACGGAGAAGCGUCGGCUGCUGGUGGUGGGGGGCCGCCAGCGCGCUCCGCGGUGCUUCUUUGGGGUCAGCAGCGAGGCUCUGCCCGUCCUCUACCGCCCGGGCCCAGGGAUCCCGUGGGCGGACUGGCUGGCCCAGCUGGACCAGGACAUGGGGCAGCAGGGCCGACACGUGGCCUUGCUGCUGACCGCCCAGCCGGCCAGGGGCGCCGCGGACCUGCCCGAGCUUCAGCACGUGAGGCUGCUGCCGCUGCCCGCUGACGGCCCCAUGCCCUGCUUACCCACCCCGGUGGUGCGGGACUUCAAGAGCCGGUACCGGCACCGGCUCCUGAGUAAGCUGGCCGCCCUUCGAGGGGCCGCCGCCGGGGCCGGCGUCACGGUGCUUGACGCCUUGCAUAUGAUGGCAGCCGCCUGGGACAGGGUGCCCACCAGCUUCAUCAGGAGCAGCUUCGCUCUGGCUGGCCUGUGGCCCGGCAGAACUCCUCCGUCCACAAAAGAAGUGCCCACGAUGCCCCCCCUGCCCAGCGGGCUGAGACCUGACGAAUUCUCCCGCUUUGUGGACCUGGAAGGCGAGGAGGCAGGCGGGGGAGGAUGCAAGGAAGAAGGAAGCAGUGAGGGCGAGGAAGAGAAUGGGGACGAUGGCUUCGUGCCUUUGCCAACCAAGGCAGAUGCCUUGCGGGCACUGGGUACCUUGAGGCGAUGGCUCGAGUGUAACGGGGCUUCCCCAGAACUUUUUGGGAAAUUUUAUGACUGUGAAGAGGAGGUAGAACGCAUGUGCUACCAGUGAGGAUCCCCCAGGCCUAUCAGGGUCCCCUGCCUUCUUGUUUCCCAUGGAAACGCUAACCGAGGGCACUUUGGGGAUUUCUUUCCCGUGGAAAUAAGAGGACUUUUUGUGGAGAGGGGGGAAGCUGAGUCACCGGGGGCCAAGUUCUGAAGGCUUCUUCAUCCUUGAGCAGAAGGGUUUUAAACUGGUGCCAGCAGUGGGCCAAGUGGUGCUGAAUGCAUUGCCUGGGACUACUUUAAUCCUCUGGGAAAGUCCAGUCAAGGGGGAGACUGGGAACGUGGGUAUGGGGAAGCUCAGCUUUAGCAUCCGCCUGAGAACUCCGUGAACUCUGUGUUCAGAACCGGUUCUGCUGAAUUUAAACCGGGGAGCCCGAGCGUCACCUGAUCCAGAGCAGAGGCAGGCUCCCCACCACCUUCCCCUCUCCGCCGAGCCUCUCAACAUCGACUCCAACUGCUGCCUCUUCCCCCUCAGAUCACGAUGCUGCGGCCCAAACUUCCAGGCAGGAUGAGUCUCCUUUCAGAAGGCCCCCAAAGCAACUGGAGAGAAGGGGAAGCCGCGUUAACCACCCUGUAGCAUAUAUCCCCAGUAGGAAACGAUUGAGUCCGGGAAACAGCUGGGAAGUAGUUCGGGGAGGGGAGUCGCACCCGGGACUCUUGGGUCCCAUAGAGACGACCGGUGAGUGCUCCUUUGUCUCACCAAGGCCAGGCCCCUAAUAGUCCUGAAGACUUUCUAACCAUCUUCUUUCCCCAGGAGAACCAGGUCAGGAGGCCGGGCCCUGAUGAGGGCAUCUGGCCAGUCCCGUACUCCUCCAGCUCAGAAUUUCUAGACUAGCAGAAGGCAGUCGGUCCCUGGGGAAGCCGAGACCGUGUGACCCGGGUCUCCAAAGCGAGACCUCCUUUGCUGCCGUGAAGGCCGAGGUGCGCACUGGUACCUACAGGAAGUGCUCACACAGAAAUGGCCGAGUCUCUCCGACGCGGGGACAGCUCCGCACCUCGGCCUGAGGGGGUUGGGCCGGACAGGACCCCUUGGAGUUCUGACUAAGGUCAUCUCAAACUGAGAGCCUGAAGAGAAGGCCAGAGUUUCAAGGGAUUUUUGCUUUUUUCUUGCCGAGUCCCCGGAGUAGGAAAUGAUUGAGGAAAGCAAAAUCGAGAGUGUGGGAGGAAGUCGUGGCUAUCUUCAUUUACUGAGGACAGACCCCAGCAUGGUCCCAGCACCCCCUCAUAGUACACGAGUCCCUGCAAUGCUUCCUAGUUUCGGAUGAGCCAGCCUGCCCCUGCUACUUAUUUGACACCAGUGGCUGCUUGCGCCUAAAUUCUGAGUUUGGCUGUGGCCAUGGCAGUCUCAACUCAUUCUUUUUUUGAAGCAGCAAAUACACUUAGGAAUAUUCUUUUAUAACUCUAGGGAAAAAGAAUGUGCUAUUCAGCUGGAAUUGGGGGAGAAGGGAAGUAUUUAAUAGUUUUAAGGAAAACUUUAUUCCAGGAUACUUUGAGAUCCUCCUCAUGACAGCACAGUUCCGGUUCUCCUCCUUAUCCCUCCUUUCAACUUCCCGCCAUUGAGCCAUUGUAAGAAGAUAUUCCAAAAUCCCUGGAGAUGUCUAUUUCAGACUUUGGAUUAGGCGACGUAGGCCCCCGCCCCACUCACACGGCCCUCUUCGUCAGGGAGAGGAGGAGGCCAAAGCAGAGGCACAGCCAUGAGUGUGUAAGGGCCUGAGAGUCGAUCAGGGGAAUAGGGCUGAAAAGGAGCUGGGGUGCGACCGAUCCUUUUGCAGGGAAACUCGGCAAUGACUGGCCCAAAGUGAUAUAGUUAGGAAGUAGCAGAUCUGGUAAAUUAGCAAGCCAGGAUUUGAACCCUAGAUUUCUGACCCCGUGUCUUGUGCUCUCUAGGUAGAAUCAGAGGAAUCUCUCUCUCCCCUAGAAUUACAAAGCUGGGAGGAAGUCUUAUCCAGGCCCCGUCUCUAGGAAGGUUAUUGAUGAACUGGCUUCUCUCUUUAAAAGGUCUUUACAAAUAAAGAUUCUACUUCUUCCCUUGGA